GUAACCGAGGAAGUGCAGGCUAGCGAGGCAUUAUCCCAAACAGAUUCCUAACCACUAUAUAUUUUCACUAAAUAUAUUGUGAACGAAUGGUUCAGGCACGUUUUGUAGUGCACUAUACAUCCAGGAUAUUUUUGGCAUUUGGACAACUUCAUCUGCCAGGGACGAGGAAGUGACAUGUGCCGGCUAGUUCAGGAUCUGUUUACGUGAGACUGGAUAUAAACCUCUUUUUUGUGUGUGUGUGUAAAUGAUUUCUGAAGAAGCGGAACAGAGACUGACUUUAACUUAAAGUUUCACAGUGAGAGAUGCUGCUGCCAAAACAGUAGGCUCAUGCUAUCAUGCCGUCACCCAUUAAAGUUAUCGUGGUUGGAGCCGGGAGCCGUGGCGAGACAUACUCUGACUUUGCCUCCAUCCACCCUGAUCGCCUGCAGGUAGUUGGAAUUGCUGACCCAAGACUUUUUGCAAGAAAGAAGCUCCAGGAGUGUCACAACGUGCCCGAAGAAAAUGUAUUUGAUGACUGGCACUGUGUAGCAGAAAGGGAGAAGUUUGCGGAUGCAGUAUUUAUCUGCACUCCUGAUCGCCUUCAUAAGGAGCCUGCGGUAGCUUUGGCAAGGAAGGGUUAUCAUAUACUCUUGGAGAAGCCAAUGGCGGUGACUCUAGAGGAUUGCACAGAGAUUGCUGAGACUUGCAUUCAAAGUGGUGUAAUACUAGCAGUGUGCCAUGUUCUCCAAUAUGACCCCUUCAUCAGAAAAAUAAAAGUGCUCAUUGACAGUGGCGUCAUCGGGGAUGUCAUUCAUAUUCAACACUUUGAACCAGUGGGCUUUUAUCACUUCGCUCACUCAUUUGUGAGAGGAAAUUGGAGAAAUGAGGCAGAAAGCUCUUUUGCUCUUUUAGCCAAAUCCUGCCAUGACCUGGACUUGAUUAAUCACUGGGCUGGAAAACGCAGGUGUAUAAAAGUUUCAUCAUUUGGCUCCCUCAACCAUUUCCAAAAAGAAAACAAGCCACCAGGAGCAGCAAGUCGUUGCUUAGAUUGUUCUGUAGAGACAGACUGUGCAUAUUCAGCAAAGAAAAUCUACCUGGAUAGAGUUAAAAAGGGCUGGGUGAGAUGGCCAGUGUCAGUUGUGUGCCGCAAUUCAAUUCCUGAUAUUGAGUCCGUAACCGAGGCCUUGAAAACAGGUCCAUACGGUCGCUGUGUCUAUGAGUGUGACAACGAUGUAUGCUCAAAUCAGGUUGUUAACAUGGAAUUUGAAGGAGGCCUCACUGCUUCUUUUAGCAUGGUGGCAUUUACGGAAGAGAUAUGUCUGCGCAAAACAAGCAUCCAAGGCAGUAAGGGGGAGCUGACUUACGAUGGGCAUGAAAUCAAAGUAUUCGACUUCCUCACUCAGAUAUCCACAAAGCAUACAGUGGAUCUGAGUGUACCGGGGAGCUUCAGCAAAGGCGGUCAUGGUAUUGCAGAUUAUCAUCUUGUUGAUGCCUUCGUUUCAGCUGUGGCGAAUGGAAACCCACUGAUGAUCCAGUCCGGUCCAAAGGAAACCCUGGCGAGUCACAGGCUGGUGUUUGAGGCUGAGUGUUCCCGUCUAGAGAACAGAGUUGUGAUGUGUGCGACUGAUCAUGACUAGAUGAUGAAGGGUCACGGGGAUCCUGGAGCCUAUCCUGGGGAACAUUGGGCACAAGACGGGGUACACCCUGGACAUGGUGCCAAUCCAUCGCAGGGUACACUCACAUACACAUUCACACACUACGGGCACUUUGGACAUGCCAAUCAGCCAUGUCUUUGGACUGGGGGAGGAAACCAGAGUACUGGUACCGAGUACUCUGGAGUACCCGGAGGAAACCCCCGCAGCACGGGGAGAACAUGCAAACUCUGCACACACAGGGCCACGGUGGGAAUCGAACCCCAAACCCUGUGAGGCGAACGUGCUAAGAACUAAGCCACCAAAACGAGCUGCUAUAUAGAAUCCAUUCUGAUAAGCAUUUUCGAUGGUUAUUUAUUUUCAAGUGUCCAUAAUGUAUAAUUUCUGUGGUAGGGGUACUAAAACAUUUAAAGAUUAAAUUUUUUUUUUAUCACAUACUCAAUUAUAUAUAGUAUAUAACUAGCAGUGAAAUGAAAAGCAAAAAAGGGUACUUGUCUAUUAGACAAUGUAAAAUGUUCCUGCCAUACUUGCUCUGUUUCAAUUCACAUCUAUGUAAUAGUGCUUUUUAUUUACAAAUCCAAUGUGGUACCUUAGAAUAUCUACUUGCUUUGAACAAAACACUGCAGAAUUCUCACAAAAUACAAAAUAAUAUUCAUGAGUUACUUGUCUGUGGUACAAGAAGUUAAAAAUACAUCUACCAUGAAAGUUCCCCCCCCCCCAUUUUUCUAAAUGUAUAUUCAGUCUUCUCUACUGAUUCCAUAAUCAUCAACGUACCAAGAGGUCGCUACACCUUUUCCCGCCAUGACACACUUGUGACUGUGUAGGAGGGGCAAUAGGUGUAUUCACAGAUGAUGUAACACUUUAGAUUCUUUCCCACAAUUUAAUGAAAGUAUUUUGUUGACCUGAUUUAUUUCGAUCACACCCCAAUAGUUCACAUGGAAAGGUUCACAAACUGUCACCGAGAAAAUUUACACUGUGAUCACUCAUGGAAACCAACUUUUUUUCAUUAUUCGAAAUCAAAGAGCUUAACCGAAUGAGCCUUAAGGGCAGGGCACAGAGGAAAUGAUGUGUGGCAUUCAAGUGUGUGUCAUCAUUAACAAGAUCCUCACUCAUUAUAUAAACCCAUAGUAUUUUCAUUCAAGAUUUCAGUUAGAGCCUUAAGCAAUUAGUCAUUAAUGAGUACACAUCCUCAAUAGAAUAAUCUUUUAGGCUAAUUUGGGCACUAUUUGAGAAUGACUUCAGCAGUUUUUCAUAAGAGAGCCUAGUCAUGCUUGUCUACACUGCUGAAUUGCAUAGUCAGAUACUUUUGUUCAUGAUGCAAUUAAUUACUUCAUGUUAAGAAGUUCAUGAAUUUAUGUAUACUUAUAUUUAUUUAUCAAAGCGCUCAGCUUAAAAAUAUGAAAGUACUGAGUGUUACUGUAAAACAUGACUUUGUAAGUAAGCAUGAGUCACAGGAUGUAAACCAUGAGGCGCAGGCUGGAAUGGAGGAGGAAGCAGCCUCAAUGUUCGCCAGUACAAACUCCUGCCAAUGAUCUGGGUGGAAAUGUGCAGCUCUGAAAUCCACAGGCGUCCCGGCCACUGCUUCCGCGCUUACACCAGAUCCACACAUGACUAAGCACUCCUUCACACACAUUGCUUUAUCUGCCUGCCCUGACUGUGAUUAAUGAUGAAAAUAUUCAGAAAAGAAAUUAAAUGAAAAGAAAAAGAAGGCUAGUUAUGUUGUUGGCCAGUAUGAUUUACAGUACAGUAGUACAAUUUAUUACUUACUAUGUAAUUAUUUUGAAUACUAUUUUAUUAAGAGCCUAUUAAGGCUCUGGGGUACUGAUCGGUAGGUCAGGGGUUCAAGCCCCAGCACUGCCAAGCUACCACUGUUGGACCCUUGAGCAAGGCCCUCAACCCUCUCUGCUCUAGGGGCACUGUAUCGUGGCUGACCCUGCGCUCUGACCCCAGCUUCCUCACAGGCUGGGCUAUGCGAAGAAAACAAUUUCACUGUGCUCUACUGUAUAUGUGACCA